AGAUUUAUAUAUAUAGCGCGAGUCGGUUAUUCUGUUUAACAGUUAAGUUGUUGCAGACAUGGCAGGGUUAUUGUUUACAGCCUUAAGUUUUCUCGUUCUCGUAAACUCAUCUCAGGGGUUUUUCAAAUACACUAACUGUGUUCAACCCUCAAACUCUACCACAAAGACCCUGAAGACUCACGGGUGCGAAGAUAAGGAUGACGUCAUUCUUUCCUGCCCGAGGGGCUACAAUCUCGCCAUCCUUUCUGUGUUCUUCGGCCACGGCCACGGCUACAAGUCAACAUGCGAUAACAGCUGGUUUGGACAGAACUGCCUCGCGUCCAGAAGUCCAUCGCUGGCGAGAGUGAAGCACCUGUGUCAGGGGAAGCAAUCUUGUGUCAUCUCACCAACACAAAAGGUGCUAGGGUCAACUUCCUGUACGUUUGGUCUGGAGAGCGACUUGUUCGUUGACUAUGUGUGUAACAAAGAACAUAUCAACGACGUCAUAUCCAUUGGUAACAUAGCCCUCGCCCCAAGUCCCCUAAUCCUACCAGGACCGCUCAACGUCUCGGCAUCAGUGACAAUAAAACGCCAUCUCCCUUCCACCACCAAGCUCAAGUUGAACAUCCAGAAGAAAGUGUUGACCUGGGUGAAAAUCCCAUGUGUCGCCAACUUCGGUUCGUGCACAUACGACAACUUCUGUGAGCUUGUACGAGGAGUGAUGUUCGGCAAGUGCGACAAAGAGAUGGAAAACACAGGGAUCCCGUGCGACUGUCCAAUACCGACAGGGACUUUCACCCUCCCGCCCCAGGCUAUCACGGUCACUCCGGAAAUGAUCGAAAAAGUCCCAGUGUGGGAUUGGCUGGCAAGUGGCGAGUACUGGGUCGAGGCGAGGUUCAUGAAUGCGUACGACGACUUGCUGGGCUGCAUCACGCUACAAAUUAAUGUGGACAUCAACACGAAAAAGAAGAAAAGAACCAUCAGGAUCCACCAUCAAUAGAUGUCAAAACGAACGGAAAGGAAAACAUAUAUAAAUCAUUGUAGUACAAUUAUCGGGUAAAUUUGGGCAUUAUCAUGAAAAGGGCGUUGCAAUUUUAAAACAUGAAUUGUGAAAUCGGACGAGUGCUGACUCCAAGAUUGGUAAACAAUAAAUAUUUGAAGCAAAA